AUGUAAAUUAAGGAAAAUUUAUACAAUUGGCUUUGUUCAUUAAAAGUCCUACCUUAGGAUGGAAAGAAAUAUGCAGACAAAGUCGAAAUUACUAAAGCUUCAUUAAUUCAAUUGGAAAAUGGCAUAGCUUUUGGGUUAUUGCUUAAAGAAAUUGUGAAGUUACGAAAUAGGUUCCUCUAUUAAUCAUUCUAAAAAGGCCUUCCACUCCUUUAGCUAAGUUAGACACACUCAAAGAUAAUUAGUAGAAAUCUUCAAUUUUAUAUAAUUGGAAGAUACUAUGUGAAGAAUAUCAAAAGGUCGAUAUCCAAAUUGAUCAAGAUACAAAAGCAUUGAUUCUGGGAGGGGAUAAGGAAAUGAUUCAUCAAUUACUUUUAGAGAUUUAUGAUAAAUAUUAUCGAGGUUAAUAACAAUCCUAAGUGUUAUAGUAAUCUUAAAUGUUAGAUGAUUCUGUUUUAAGUUUAGGUGGAAAUACUAAACUUUUAGCUAACAACAAAAUAUCUUAAGGUAUUAAUUAAUGUAUAUUUGUUUAAGCUAAUUAAUAAGUGGAUUUAUCUAAAAUAGAUCCAAAAAAAGAUCUAAAUAAAACUUCAAAUUGUUUAGAAUUUUUUAUAGUAGCUUUAGCAAAGAACUUGUAACUGUCAAUAAAAUAAUCUGCAUCCCUGUUUACUAAUAAUAACAAAUAUCUUGCUCAUAUAUUAGCCAAAGGAGUCAAGGGAGUAUUUGAACCAAUAGUUGCAUUUUACAAAGAAAGUUAUGCAAAUGGAAAUUAAUUAAUUAAAUUAUUUAAUGAGGAUUAAACUAAAAAAUCUCUCAUCUUUGCAUUUCAAGUAUUAUUUUAAAUAAUGUUAAAAAGGCUCUUAAACCUGGUUUGAUAUCAAAAUCAUUUGAUGUAGCAUAUGAAUCAGUUCGUUUGUUCAGUAGAUUAGGUUCAAUGAUACCUGUUUAAUUGUUAAGAGAAUGGUUUUUGGAAGAUUAAGGAGGUCUUCAUACAGCAUUGAUGGGAUCUAGAAGACAUCCAGAGUUAGUGUCAUUUCAUGUAGAAAUGAUAUAAUAAUUUGCAAAAAAUAAUUUUGUUGAAGUAUUUACAACAGGGAUUAGAAAUGUAUUACCUGAGACAAAGGAUUUCAUCAAUUCGAUUGAAUUAAUAUAUAUGCCUUUAAGUUAGAAUUAGGAAUUAGUAUCAACUGGUAUCUUAAAUGAUUGGGUAACUUAGGCUAUAGGUAUAGCAGAGAAUGAAUUUAAAAAUUCAACUGAUACUAGAAUAUCUUCACUUAACUUUUUAAGUGAAGUUCUUGGAAAUACAGAAUUAGAUGAAUCAUUAACUAAUACAAUUAUUGCACUUCUUAAAAAAGGUUCUAGAGAUAAAUCAUAAUCUCUUUCCUUAAUGUGUUUAAAUCAUUUAUUUAAAUUACUCAAUCAUUUUAGUUUAUAAAAGAGUAACUUUGCUCCAUUAAUUUAUAAGAAGUAAAUUAAAUAUUUAUCAAAUUUAGUUUAACUUUAUCCUUGGUUGAGAAUCAUGAUAAUUAAUAAAUUAGGGAAUAUAUUUUAAAUAAUUUUAUUCAUAUAUUCUCUACAAUGGAAACAGUGCCAAUAAACUUAUUACUUGAGAAUUUGAUCAAGUAAUUAUAAACAUCAGAAGGUGUCACAUAUAUUUUAAAUACAUUUGAUAUGCAUUUCUUUAUGUUUAUAUCAAAUCUUAAUAUUGGAAUUAAGAAUGCUAUUCAAUUACUUGACUUUUUAGCUAAAAUAUUUUUAAAUAAUCUUGUUUAUUAGAGUUUAUCAUCUGAAAUUAUUAUUAAUAUAUUAUCUAAGAAUGUAGAGAAUUAAACGAUGUAAGAAUUUAUAUUAAAGUUUAUUAAAAUAGCAUUGGCUAUGUUUUUUGCAUCAGAAAAAAAGAGAUAAGCAAAAGAUGCAAUAGGUGCAUAGAAACGUAAUUAGAUAGUAGAAAUAAUUAGAACAAUUAUUUAAUUUUAAUAAUAAUUAUUAAAUGAAAAAAUUAAACCAUUGAUUGCUCAUACAAAUAUUUAAAUAAAAUAAUUUAGUAAAAGAAAUUCGAAAGGAAUGAUGGCAAUAUUAGAAUUAUUUGGUAAUGCUGAAAGAAUAUUGGAAUAAUAUGAAAUUGAAUAUCGUGAAUAAUAAGCAAGUAAAUUAUAAGGACCUCCUGAGGAUGAUGAAUUAGUUCCAUUUAAUUCUAGAUCAAUAGGAUCUAUUAAAUUAUCAAAGGAAGAAUAAUAUAGUUUAGCCUCUUUAAAAACUACAAAAGCAGACCCAAAAGUAUUAGAGAAACUUGAAAUUAUAAAGAAAUAGUUUGAUGAUAAAACUAUUAAUGAAGCAUAAAAAAUAGAAUAAAUGAAAGAAGCUUAAUAGAAAUAAAAAGUGAAUCUAAGAAAAUAAUUAGAAAAGAGAUCAAUUGAAUAAGGUGUAUCAAUAGCUAAAGAUAGAGAAACAAAUCUAAUAUUUAAAGAUGGAUCUAAAAGUGCAGCUCCACCAAAUAAACAUGGAUUAACAGAAUUUGAAGUAUGGGAUUUAUAAUUAGAAGAAGAUAGAGAACGUUAUUUAGUUGAAUAACUUUUUAGAAAAUAUCAUAAGAUAUUUAAAUAUGUUUUCUUUAAAUAUGCUAAUUCAGGAAAUAAAAUAAUAAAACCAAAAGAUUUUGACGAAUUAAAAGAUUAAUCUGAUACAAUAAAUGAGCCUGAAUUAUGGGCUUUUCUUAAAGAUUAUGAAUUAGUAUUUAAUGUAUCUAGAGAAUAAGUUCAUGCUUUAUUAAGAUCUAUUGCCAUUUAACUCUUAAAAUGUAAAAAUGAAUUAACUAGUUUUAAUUAUGAAGGUUUUAAACAUAUUGUUACGUAAUAUUCAUGUAUACUAUUUACAAAAAGAACAAAAUAUAUUUAACCACAUGCUUGUAUUGAAAUGAUGAUUUAAAGAAUGAGAUAAGUUACUGCAGCUAAAGCAUAAUCUACUUAACUUUAUGAUGAUCCAGAUAAUAUGUUUUUUGAUUAAAAAGAUGUUAUUAAGGAAUUUAAUAAAAAAUUAGCUGAAGAUCCUAAAUAUGUAUUACCUGAAGGUUAUAAAACUUAAAAAGAAGAAAUUAUUAAAUUUAAUUAUGGUUUUGAAGUUUAAGAUUCUCAUACAAUUUCAUAUUCAAUUUUAGAUGAUAUUUUAUUUAAGGUUUGUAAUUGUCAUUUAAUUGAACCAAUAACAACUAAAGAAUUUUAGCUUGUUUGUAGACCCAAUAUUCUUGGAUAUGUAGAAUCUAAAGUUAAAUAAAAUUAUGAGAAAGAUCAUUACAUGGAAUAAAAGAAUAAAUCAAUGAGAAAAUCAGCAUCUGUAUCAUAAUCAUUAACAAAUGUACCUAUUUAACCUAAAAGAAAUCUUGAAAUAGAACCAUUUAGAUAAUAUAGUUUAGGAAUUAAAUUAGAAUUAGCUAAAAUUCCAUUUAAUUAACAUAAAUAAAAAUUAUUAGUUGAAUAAGUAGCUGAUGUAUUGGAAGAUAUGAUAUUUGCAGUUGAGAAUAAUUAAAAAACUAUUACUAGAAAAUGGAAUAUUAUUAAUAAAGUUUAAUAAGAUAAAUUGGAAGAAAAGAAAAAAGAAGAUGAAGAGGCUAAAAUUAGAGAAGAAAAAUUCUAAAAAAAUCAUGAAUAAGCAAAGGCUAAAUUAGAAAAAUUGAAAGAAUAAAGAUUAUAAAAAUAAUAAGAAGAAGAUGCUAAAGAUACUUCUAAAGAUCCAAAGAAAAUUCGUUAAGAAGAAAAAAAAAAAGAAUAAGAAGCUUAUCUUAAAUAAUAAAAAGAUAAAAUUGCUUAAAAAUAAAAAGAAGAAGAAUAAGAAAGAAUUAAGAGAGAACUUUUAGAAAAAAAAUAAAGAGCAGAAGAAAUACAAAAAAAAAAAGAAGCAUUCAAAAUAUUUAAUUAAAAAAAAAUUGAAUAAUAUGGUGAAAUAUUUAAAGCAGAAUAAAUUAAAAUAUAAAUGGCAGCUGAAGAAAGAAAAAAAAUGGAAAUUGAUCAUUAAAAAAUGCAUGAUGCUUUAUAUAAAAAUAUUGAAAAAAAAGGGGAAUAAAUUAAAGUCAAAGAAAAAGCAACAAGUGAAUUGAUUGUCAAAUUAUUUAGAAAUCAAAAUUAUUAAACUAUUUUCACUAAUAAUAACUUUAAAUUAAGUUAUUUAUAUGAAUUAUUGUAAUUAGAAUAUUAUAAGUCUAUUGAAAUGAUUGAUUUUAAAUAAGUUCCAUUAAAAUUAUGGAUGUGGUUUGGAGACAGAUUUAGAAUUUAUCCAGAUAUUAUAUCAUAAAUUGAAUUUAUAAGGGUUUUUAAUGCUAUUACUUAUAAAUCUAAUGAAAUACCAGUUUCAUUAGAUUAUAUAGAAUUUUUAGAAGCUCUUUUUAGAAUAAGUAUAAAAGGAUAUUAAUUCUUUAAUAAAUUGGCAAAAAGUAUAAAAGAACCAAAACCUUAAAAAUUAGAAAAUUAAGAAUUGCCUUAAGAUUAAUCUCCAAAAUCAAUUAAAAGAACAUAAUAAACGAAAGAAUUUAUGCUUAAUAGAAUUAAAGAAGUUUAAUCAGAGUAAGAAAAACGAUUAGAAGAUGCAAAAAAAGAAUUAGAUGAAAAAAAGAAAAUGGAAAAAGAAGCUCUAAUUUUAGAUAAUUAUUAAGCUUUAAAUGAUAUUAUAGGAACAGAUAAUGUUACUGGAUAAAAUUUUAAUGAGUAAACAUUGGAUGCAUUUAUAACUUAUUUAGCUCUACCAAAUGAUAAAACUGGAAUUGAAUUGAGAUUUAGAUAUCUAAUAGAAGUUGAAGCUAAAAAAAAACCAAAUAAAAUGAGAAAAUAAGGUAUGAAUUACAUUUUAUGGUUUAGAGGCAUCUAAAAGAUUGGAAGAAGAUGUGAAUUAAUGGAAAGAAAUAAAGACAGUUGAAUAAAAUAGGUAACCUAUUUUCCCAAGUAUAAUUUUCUUAUAUAAUUAGAAAAAUCAAAUCUUAAAUAAAGUCCUAAUAAACCUCAAGAAUAAUAAGAUCCAGUACUACCCUAGAAUAACGAAGAAAAUCAAGAAUAAGAAUAAUAGGAUAAUUGA